CUCCCUCCUUCCUUCCCUCCCUUCCUCCCUUCCUCCCUCCCUCCCAGCUCCUGCACCAGGAAACGGCCUGGAUCCCGGCGGCGGCCUGACCCGACUCCAAGCUGGCCGGGAGGAUGAAAGGCCCCAGCUGGGGGCUCCUUGCCACCAGCACUGGGUCCUAAGAGCUGCCAUCCAGGCUGGCCGCCCGGAUGGCGACCCCAGCCUCGGCCCCAGACACACGGGCUCUGGUGGCUGACUUUGUAGGCUAUAAGCUGAGGCAGAAGGGUUAUGUCUGUGGAGCUGGCCCUGGGGAGGGCCCAGCAGCUGACCCGUUGCACCAAGCCAUGCGGGCAGCUGGAGAUGAGUUCGAGACACGCUUCCGGCGCACCUUCUCUGAUCUCGCUGCUCAGCUGCAUGUGACCCCUGGCUCGGCCCAGCAACGCUUCACCCAGGUCUCCGACGAACUUUUCCAAGGGGGCCCCAACUGGGGCCGUCUUGUGGCCUUCUUUGUCUUUGGGGCUGCCCUAUGUGCUGAGAGUGUCAACAAAGAGAUGGAACCACUGGUGGGCCAAGUGCAGGAGUGGAUGGUGGCCUAUCUGGAGACACGCCUGGCCGACUGGAUCCACAGCAGUGGGGGCUGGGAGCUGGAAGCGAUCAAAGCUCGAGUCAGGGAGAUGGAGGAAGAAGCAGAGAAGCUAAAAGAGCUGCAAAACGAGGUAGAGAAGCAGAUGAAUAUGAGUCCACCUCCAGGCAACGCUGGCCCAGUGAUCAUGUCUAUUGAAGAGAGAAUGGAGGCUGAUGCUCGUUCCAUCUAUGUUGGCAAUGUGGACUAUGGUGCAACAGCAGAAGAGCUAGAAGCUCACUUUCAUGGCUGUGGUUCAGUCAACCGUGUCACCAUACUUUGUGACAAAUUUAGUGGCCAUCCCAAAGGGUUUGCGUAUAUAGAGUUCUCAGACAAAGAGUCAGUGAGGACUUCCCUGGCCUUAGACGAGUCCCUAUUUAGAGGAAGACAAAUCAAGGUGAUCCCGAAACGAACGAAUAGACCAGGCAUCAGCACAACAGACCGGGGUUUCCCACGCGCCCGCUACCGUGCCCGGACCACCAACUACAACAGUUCCCGCUCUCGAUUCUACAGUGGUUUUAACAGCAGGCCCCGAGGUCGUGUCUACAGGGGCCGGGCUAGAACGACAUCAUGGUAUUCCCCUUACUAAAAAAAGUGUGUAUUAGGAGGAGAGAGAG